AAGAUGAAUAAAACUGUAGGAAUGUGCUGUUAUUGGAAAAUAAUCAUCUUCAGUUUGAGUUGGGCCUCAUCACACUACCCUGGCGUUGAUUCUUUACCUGCAAUAGCCCUGUCGUGUUUCUUUUCUCCUUACUUCACAUGUUGUAAUGCAUAAAUUGAAUCCCAAAUCCCAAACUGAAACACUGUAUUCCUAAACUACCAGACUUCUCAUGGAUAGGGAGGGAUACAGUGACAUGAUUUUUAAAUUAUGGUGAUUGAUUGAAAUUUAGACUGAUUUUCUUGCUUUCUUUUUUUCCCUCCAUUUUAUCAUGUUUGUCUAGAUCUUGCACAGUGUCCAUGGAAAUCUUGUGCACAGCCUGACGUCUAGGCUAUUACACAUAGUUGCUUAUUUGCACAAUGGCAUAUGAUGCUUGAGUCAUUGUGAGUAGGUUUAUGUUGAAAGAAAAAGUAAAAAGAAUUUACAAAGAACAGCAAUAAUAAAUGUGUGAACUGGUAGAUUAUUGGAAAUAACCCUUAGCAUUAACUGGAAAUGGUGUUAGGCCGUUUUAACAAAACUCUGGAAGAGAGUGUGGGAUAGAUGGAUUUUUUUAUGGGUGCGGUGAUGAAACACAGGAAAGCAAUAGGGAGUGGAUACACAUUCAGCUUGAGCGUAGUAGCUGUUAUUUUUUCCAGCAAAGUAGAUAUAAAAACAGAGGCACUAUGCAGGGGGAAAAAACCCUCAAGCAUAUCUUAAAUGACUAUGCAAGCCUGUGACCAGAUUCCCACAGAUCCCGGACGACCUGAGGGUGUAAUGGCAAAAUUGGACAUUCCUUGAUGUGAGUAUGGCAAGGCUCAGCUGUCAUGUCCUGCCCCCAGACUCACACACAUGCUAACAGCUAUAAGCGAGAGAGAAGUGGUUAAAUAUAGCUUAGGAGAUCAGUACAGCCUACCAGUUCUCACUAUAAGGGAACAAUCGGAGUGUGGGUGUGUAAUAGUGUGGAUUUCUGACAAAGCUGCAUCUUCUACUGAGCUGAAGAACCUCUAUUGUUGGAUUACGUUUAUUGGGUUUCUCGAAGGACACACUUUUUCUGUCCUUUCUGUACUUGUGUAACUCACUCUGGCUCUUGUUUGCUUUUCAUCCAGUCUCCCUCACGAAGAUAAGGGAUUGUUGCCACUCUUGCAGCUGCUUCUUCAGUGAUAAGCUCAUGGCUUGAGAGGAGAGACAGAGAUGGUUUAGACACCUGCAUCAGUGUGUGUGUGUUGCAUUACAAUAUCAUUGAACACGAGUGACAGAGUGAGAGGGAGAGCGAGCAUGGGGAAAAACUACUGUGGAACUGCUCUCUAAUGUUGGUAAUUGUUCUCAAGGAAUGCUAAUGAUAAGACGGAUCUGUUUAACAAGGGACUUACUGAUUAUUCUCACUUGUAUUUCAGGGACCAUUGCGGAGACAACAUGAGGUCCAAAGGAGAUGGAGUGGACAGCCCAGCUAAUGGGGUUCUGGUUGUUCCCCAUGCAAUCCAUGAGAUCAGUGAAGAGCAGGAGGAAGAUAUGAAACUGCAGGUCACUGAGAAGAGCAUCAAGGACAAAGUUCAUCAGAAGGAAAAGGAGGAGAUGUGUAUGUCAGAAAAUGAGGAUAAAUCCACAAUAAAAGAUAACCAAAGAUUAGGCCUGAAGGAUCUGUCCAAAGAUGACCUUCUGAAGCUGCUGGGAAUCAUGGAGGGUGAGAUCCAGGCUCGAGAGGAUGUGAUCCGGUUACUCAGGUCUGGUCUCAGUCGCCCAGAGAGGCUUGAGUCUCAUUAUAGCUCAGCAUUUCCCACCAAACCCCUGAAGGCCCUGCAGAGAGAUGGACUUCUAAUCAGCAACCAAAUACUCCAUGAAGAUGUAUAUGAAAAGCCCAUGGCAGAGUUGGACAGGCUUCAGGAUAAGCACAGAGAGGCAUAUCGGCGAAUGCUGGAGCAGUUAUUACUGGCUGAGAAAUGCCAUCGCCGUGUUGUUCAUGAGCUGGAUGUGGAGAAACGCAAGCACAUCGACUACAUGAACAAGAGUGAUGACUUCACCAACCUGCUGGAACAAGAGAGAGAAAGAUUGAAGCUGCUGUUGAAACAAGAAAAAGCCUAUCAAGUACGGAAAGAAAAGGAACACUCAACGCGACUGGAAAAGGUUCGUGGAGAGCUGAACAAGUUAAAAUCUUUUGCACUCAUGCUGGUUGACGAACAGCAACUUCACCUGGAGCAAAUUGACCAACAAAGCCAGAAAAUUCAGGACCUUCUCAAAAAUCUCCAGGAGAAAGAGCAAAGGCUAAGUGAAGUUGAGGGCAAAGCAAAAGAAGACAAACAGAAGCUCUUGAACCUUGAAGUUGAGUUUGAGGUCAGGGAUUCAAACUUUGCACAACAGUAUGAUGAGAUGGCAGCAAAACUUGCCAGCCAAGAGAGCCUAUAUCAGCAGAUGUGCCAGAAACAAGCAACUCUAUCACAGAAAAUUGAGGAGCUAGAAGAGACAAAUGCUGUUCUGCAGAAAUCAGCAGAUGAGCUGCAGGAGCUAAGAGAUAAAAUUAGCAACGGGCAGUGCGGCAACUCAAACUUGAUGGCAGAGUUAGAGAACUUGCAUAAGAUAGUCUUGGAGAUGGAGGGCAAGGAUGAGGAGAUCACUAAAACUGAGAAUAAAUGCAAUGAGCUGAAAAGGAAGCUUCAAACUGAGGAGGUAAACAACAAGGAGCUAAAGUUGGAGGUGGAAAAAUUGCAAAAGAGGAUGAUGGGGCUAGAGAAACUGGAGGCAGCCUUCAAUGUGGGCAGGAUGGAAUGUGCCCAGCUACAGGGUGCACUGGAUAAAGAAAAAGGCCUGACAAAAGAACUGGAAGAUGAGCUAGUGACAGUUAGAAUUCGCAUGAAAGAGGUGGAAUCAUCUGAGCUGAAACUGGAAAAGGCAGAGUUGCUCCUGAAAGAGGAGCUAAUAAAGCUCAAGUCUGUCACUGUAAUAAUGGUCAAUGAGCGCAAGGACAUGGCAGAGAAAAUAAGAUCUGAGGAAAGGAAGAGAGAGGAACUGGAGAAAUUGUUUAAAGCAGAACAGGAGAAGGUUAUGGUAGUUACUGAGAGAUUGAUAGAUGAAAGUAAAAGGCUCCUAAAAUUGAAAUCAGAGAUGGAGGAAAAAAUAACGACCUUGGUCAAAGAGAAAGGUGAGCUGAAGGAAAAGCUUACCAUUGAGGAAGAGAAGUGUAAAGGAUUGAGUUCCAAGGUUUGUAUGAUAAAACACAUAAACGAUGAGGUGAAAGAAGAAGGAAAGUUAUCUACAAGCAAGGUGUUAAACAAGGAAGUAGGGAACCUUUCAAAUUCCAGUAUAACAGAUGAAAAUAAAGUUAUAGAACUGACUAGGGAAAUUGAAAGAUUAAGGAAACGUCUCAAACAGCUUGAGGUUGUUGAGGGAGAUCUGAUGAAAACAGAGGAUGAGUAUGAUAUUUUGGAGAAAAAGUUCAAGAGUGAACAAGAAAGGGCAAACUCCCUUUCAAAGCAGGUAGAGGAAAUGAGGAAUCAGAUAGCUUUGAGUAAGGUAGUAGAGCGAGAAGAGGCAUUUGGUCAAGAAACAGAGUUGUGGCGACGGUGCAAGUUAGAAGAGACCAAAAAUAAAGACCUGCAAGCUGAUGUUCAAGCUCUCAAGGAGAAGAUCCAUGAGCUCAUGAACAAGGAGGACCAGCUUUCACAACUGCAAGUAAACUACUCGGUUCUACAGCAAAAGUUUCUUGUGGAGGAGGACAAGAAGAAGAGUAUGAGCAAUGAAGUUCUUAAUCUUACCAAAGAACUUGAAAUUACCAGGCGCUACAGUCGUGCCCUAAGACCCAGUAACAAUGGAAGAAGAAUGAUGGAUGCUCCAAUGACAUCAACAGGAGUACAGACUGAUGCUGGUGAAAUUGAGAGAGUUGAUGAUGAUGACACUCCUGCAGUGUUCAUCAAAAAAUCUGUCCAAGAAGAGAACCACAUCAUGAACAGCCUUCGACAGAGAAGCCUUAAGAAACCUGCUGAAAUUCCAUCAGUCAGGGAGCUCUACCCUCCACCAGCUGGUGACCUUACAUUAAAGAAAUCCUGGAUACCUUGGAUAAAGAAGAAAGAAAAUCAUGCUUCCGAAAAGCCUCUGCAUAUUAAUGAGGAAAUUACACAUUCUGAAAUUAAAAUGACCCAAAAGCAAGGCCAACCAUUACACAUUCGACUGACUCCUGACCACCACAACAGCAUGACAACCCUACAGAUCAGCAGCUCUCCUGCAGAAAACAUCUUUAGCACUGCAAUACCCACUCCCUCACGUGGUGUUCAAAAGCCACAAAUAACAAUCAUUCCUUCUAAUGCUGUUUCUCCAAAUGAUCGAGCCAGAGAGACAAAUUGUCCAGAGACAGCGAAAUCUCCACUGACCAUCACAACUAUCUCGAGAACUAAGUCCCCAGAGAGCAUUAAGAUCCCAGCUAUUGACAGACCAACAUCACCCAUAUCCCUUAUACCGGUUAGCACUUCGAACUUGGCACAUAUAUCCAGCUCCCCAGGGUCUCAAGAAAUGAUCACAGGCCGAGCAGUAUUUAAAGUGACUCCUGAGAAACGAAUGGUCCCCACACCAAUUAAAAAAUGUAACUCAAAUGCUAAUAUCAUUACCACUGAGGACAAUAAGAUUCACAUUCACUUAGGCUCACAAGUCAAAAAGCCUAUUGAAAGCAACAGUUCGAUGGUCAUGGUCAGAGCUGAUGCUGCAGUAAAUGAAAGUAAAGAACUUUCUACAGGCACUGUGCUACGCUCACCGCGUCAUGUCACAAUCAGUAAACCAGCAUCAAGCAAAGUAACAAGCAGCCUCACCAUUACGCAGGUCACUCAUGCACCACCCAGACCAACACUUUCUGUGCAGCCUGUUUUGGACCCUCAACCAGCUCGAUCUGGGCUCACUCGCAUUCCCAUGUCUCGGGGCAUGAAAACUGGGAAGGCUGUACUUGGGGCUCUUGGAAUCCCUAGUAAUAUGAAGAUGGAAUCAAAAGGAGAAAGCCAGUCCAUGCGUAUUGAGCUGAAGAAAUCAUUGAUCAGCAGUGCAACCCUCCAGAAUAGUGGAAAAAGCUAAAUAAGCCCAUAAGGAUAUAGGCCAAAAAAGACCCAUAAGGCUGAAUGGACUAAGUAUGAACAAUUAGAUAUACAGAUUAGUUACAUGUAUGCCAUUUGGCAGACUUGUUAGUUACAUACUUGUUGUUUCUCUUUUUGGAACAACAAAGGAAUUAUCUUCUAUAUUGGAUACAGUUUGUAUGUCACUCUUACUUGUAACAGUAUUUAGGCAAAAAUCUCUAAUAAUUUCAGUGUUUAUUGCACAACUUCCCUCAAUAAAUAAUUGACCAAGUAUAAAAUGUUUGUCUCAUUUGUUUAAUUGGGAUCUCUUUGUCUACUUUUAGAACUCGUGUGAAAAUCUGAUGAUGUUUUAGGUCAUAUUUAUGCAGACAUAGAGAAAAUUCUAAAGCUUAUACAAGCUUUCCAUCACCACUGUAUAUCAAUCCUAGUGUUCACUUGGCUCUGAAAAUAAGUUUGAAGUUCAGUGGCAUUUUAGUGAGCCCAAAAUUUCUGAAAUAAUUUCAGU